UUUUAUUCGUAGAACAAAUUAUUGAAAGUUUCUUGUUCCAGAAUGUUUUCGCGCCGGUGUUGCUCCUUGUUGGAGCGCGUGGGUGCCUCGGCCUUUUAGUGUGAUGAAAAGCCGAACACGACAUUACUGCGUUGAAUUCUUCAAGCCUUUUCUAAUCGCUUAAUUGAGAAAAUGGAUCCCUGGGUUUUAACUGCGCCCGAAAGGGUGAAGCACAUGGAGCAUUUUAAAAGCCUCAAUCCAGUGAAUGGUCUAGUCAGCGGUGGCCAAGCGAAAGGAUUUCUUAUGCAAUCUCAGCUUCCACCAGCAGUGUUGGCGCAAAUUUGGGGCUUAGCUGACGCUGACAAGGAUGGUAGCUUGAGUUUCAAUGAGUUCAGCGUUGCCUGUAAAUUGAUCACGAUGAGACUGAAGGGCCAGGAAUUGCCGAAAGUUCUGCCACCAGCGCUUCUCGCUGCAGUUGCCUCUCCAACUGCUGCAGCUCCUGCUGCAGCUCCUGCUGCACUUCAUAAAGCACCUAGUCUCACAUCACCAGUCACAGCCAAGGCUGGUUUCGCUACUCAACCGACCCCGUUGAUCAUGCAACAACCGGCAUUAUACCCGGUUCUGCCUCAAGUUCCUCUCACGACUUCCAUUCCAACAUCAGCUUCUGUUCCUAUUUCUGCUGGACCCUCCGUAAUGUCCCCUCCUAUUGUGCCCGCUGGCGUUCCCAAUUCUCUUCCGCAAACACUAAGUCGAAAGACAAGUGUAUCCAGUCAAGAUUCUUCUCCUGUAGUUGAUUGGCCUGUUCCUCAGCCCACCAAACUCAAGUACACCCAAAUUUUCAACCAGGCUGACAAAAGUAAGACUGGGUUCAUGACAGGAAUGCAAGCCCGACAACUAUUGGUUCAAACUGGUUUGAAUCAAACAACUUUGGCUAAAAUCUGGUCUUUGGCUGAUAUUGACGGUGAUGGACGCUUAUCUUGCGAGGAGUUCAUUCUUGCUAUGCAUUUGACGGACAUGGUUAAACGCGGAGAACAGCUUCCCGUCAAACUAACACCAGAGUUAGUACCUCCGUCUUUCCGACGGCUGCAGCAGCAACUUCGAAGACUCUCUGGUGCUGCUGCUGGGCUUACUGGAAUUGAUAUUGCUGCGGGAACUCCGCCGCUGAUCGCUGAUGGUAGCGGUACUCCUGGAUCAUUGGCUGGCGAUGAAACCGGCAUGAAAAUACCAGGUUUG